AAAGCAAAGUGGGGGGCAGUGAAUGGGUGGUUCAUGUAUACACAGAUGAUUCCUAUUAUUACUACUUGACCACUCUUCAAGUUUUGAUUUAUCAAAAAAAAAAAAAACUCUUCAAGUUUUGAAUUUCGGAACAACCCCUUUAGUUUCUUCCCUUGUCGAAAGGGUCUUCUUGCAUAGAAAUCUUUAAUCUUUCUCGAAACAAACAAAACCCCCAUCAUUUUUCUAUUGAAAGUUUCAAUCUUUUUCAUCAAGAACUCAUAAAGAUUCAGUCUUCAUGCUUGAUUAAGUUGUGAAUGUCUCUUAAGGUGUGAUUGCUAAGGUGUUUGAUUGAUUUUGUGGGUUUUUUCUGAAAUUGGGUCAGAGUGAUGUGGAUCAGACCCAAGAAGGAGGUUCUGAUUACUGGUCUUGGCUGCUGACAUCCUUGCUUGGCAUGAAUGACAAGCUUGCUAUUUAGCAAAGGAAAAAGGGUAGAAGUAUCUCUUGAGAAAGUAGAGAAUUGUGAAGUUUGGUUCCCGGCAGUUGUAGAAGAAGAGACUGGGAACAACUGUUUCCUGGUAGAGUAUCAGUGCAUUGGGAAAAAUGGGGUUCCUGAGUCUUUAAGAGUGAAAGUUGAUUUUCUUCAUAUUCGACCUUCACCGCCUCAGUUUGUGAAAAAUUAUGAUCUGUUGGAGAAGGUAGAUGCUUACCUUGAUUUCGGCUGGUGGAGUGGAGUGAUAACCAAAGAACUACCUGAUAGUAAGUAUCUUAUUUUCUUCAAGCAAACCAAGAAACAGAGGAUAGUCAAUCAGUCAGAAAUAAGAGCACACAUGGAAUGGAAAGAGGGGAAUUGGUUUAGUGCAUCCCAGGAACUCUUACAGUCACCAGAUCAUCAAGGAUCAGCAAAGAAUCCCCAUCAGACUGCAUUAGUUGUACCAGGUGGCUUGACCACACUCAAGGAAAAUGCUGCACAGGGAGCAACUAGUUUCUUUAACUUACUGGACAUACGAAAUGAGUGGUUAGCUCCUUCGAAUAUUGAACCAUCUACGCUUUCGCAGAGGAAAAAAACAAAGCUGCUUGGUCCUAAUACAGAUGAGCAGAAUAAAAUGAUGAAACAGGCAGACAUGGCUGAUCUUUCACAUAUGUCAACAAAUCAUUUGACGCCAUCUUCAGUAGGUAACCGUGAUGAAGAAAUACAUUUUGGUUGGGCCACCGGAACUGAUGGGGGUGCUAAAACCACUAACUUAGAACAAUCUAUGGGUGACCAGCUGUCAGAUAAAAUUUCUCGAACAACUCGAAGAAAGAGAGCUAGGAGUAAAGUUAAACGUUACAAACCUGUUGAAUCAAAAAGUACUACAUAUUCUCUGAGAAUAUAUGAGGGAAGACUACUAGAAUCGCCAACAAGUGAGACACAGGCUUUGGCUGGAGAGAAAAUUGUUGGUGAAUUAGGCAAUCUUUCACUAGAGCCAUUAGUGAAGAACAACGAAAUGCUGCCUAUAGCCCAAUUAAAUGGCAGAAAAAUUUUAGAAGAUAAAACACAUGAUGAUGUUAGAUGUACUAAAGAAAAUUUUGUUGAACGCGAGUGUGUUACAGAGGUUCCUGUGACUUGUAAUUUGGAGUGUGAAGUAAUAGAAGCCAGCCAGUCUGACAAACUUCCGCCGACUCCCCCUGAAGAAAUGGUAGAACCUUCUGGACACCGGGAGCAGCAAUACCAUGAUCCAGCAGUGAAUGCGACCAAGGAGGCUGACGAACUAGAAGGGCACAAAGAAAGUACUGGGAAAAGAAAAAGGGGAAGGCGUCCCAGGAAGUUUACAAUAAACCUUGAAGUUAGUCAGGAGAAUGUAGACAAGCUGGCAAAAAGCCCGGAAGUUAGUCAGCAUACAGGCAAGAAGUUGGCAAAAAGCCCUGAAAUUAGUCGACAGAGUGGGGGUGUUGUUGCAGCAGACACGGCUUCAGAAGUGUUGCCUGUAGUGGUGGGACUGAAAGCAGCACAGGUGCAUGGUUCUGUAUCUAAAAAGGGAAGGCGUGGUGUUGAUAAAAAGAUCGUAACUGGUUCAGCACAUCAGGAAAGCAAAUUAAUCACGAAUAUAGAAGUCUCUCCUCUGGAAAAAGUGGAACAUCAUGAAAUGGAUUCAUCAAAGGGAGCAACACGGCGAUCUACACGCAUAAAUGCUAAAUAUCUGAAUCAAGAUCCCAAAGAUGCAAGUUCAGGAAAAAUAGCAGAAGCUAAUGCAAAAGAUGGGUUGAUUAAAGAAGCAGAAACAUCAUUGACCUUUAAUUUGUCUGAUGAUCAGCCUCUAUCAAUGUGGAUGGGAUCUUCGAAAGCUACUAGUGCCACGUGUGCCUCUCAGGGAAUGAAUAUGGAGCCAGGUACUUCAAAGAGGAGCCCUAAAGAUAUUGCUAUGCUAUCCUCUCAAUCUAACGAUGAUGAUAGUCUACCUUUUGUAAAGAGCAGCUCACUUUGGAAGUCCAUUGAGUCUAUGGAAGUCUUCCUCCAGCUGCCACAGAGGCCGCAUUUUCAAUCUUUGUGCUCCAGAAAGGAGAGUUCUCGUGAAGGAUUGGCCAUAGCAUUAAUGGUCAACUUUGCUGGUGUGGUUGAGAAGACAUCCACCUUGAAAAUUGAUGAUCCUAGAAGCACCAUAGAGGACAAACUGGAAACUCUUACAGAAUUGGAAAAAAAUGGUUUUGAUGUCAAGGUAGUACGGGAUCGUCUUCUCAGGUUGUUAUUAAUCAAGGAUAAGCAGGAAGAGCUUCAGGCCAACUCAAAGGAAACUACAGAUAAAAUCAAGGAGAUAAACCAGGACAAAAUUAAAAUUGAUGAAAGAAUUGAAGAGAUAGAUAAUCAGAUACGUUUACUACAAGAAGAACGUGCAUUGGUUUUGUCGACCAAGGGGGAAAAGGAUUCAAGUAUAGCUGCUUUGGAAGUAAAAUCUAAUGAAUUAAGUAGCAGCAUCAAGAAUGCGAGCCUGGAGUUUGAAGCCUUGGUAGCUGUCCCUUUGCCAGGGGCAUGAAGUGAUUGUGCUUACAAAGCAAGCUUGAAUGGAAUCUUGUCGACCUACGCUGUGAUGUGAAAGCUGGUCAGUGUGUUGCUCUAGUUACCGGGAGCUACUGGUCCAAGGUGCACCCAUCUCUGCAAUGAAUGUCUCGUCUUUUCUAUCAUGACCUUUCUCUUUAAUUUUUAAUCCCCAAGUGUGGGUGAUUAAUUUCUGCAGAUUUAGGCCUGCAAUGUUAUUAUGAUUAAUAUUCACAGCGUACAUGUUAGUGUAUGUCAACUUAGUUAAUGAAACUGUGAAGGAUAUUUCAGUUUUGCUAAAACAGUGCUGUCUGGUAAGUUUGUUACA